UAAGUACUCAAAAGUUAGGAACCUCAAACCGUACGAUGAUGACUUCAAUUGGAAACAAUAUUUUUCUAAACUAUUUCAUGCAACAUACAUGUGUUCUUCUUAUUUUAUGCACGAUAUCAGUUUCCCCUGGGGCUAAUGAUCUGCAUUUCAACGAUGGUUCAUCAACAGCUGAUAUCAUCGCUGGAGACGUGUUUUUUGAGAUAGUAGACCCCCCAGAACUGAGCUAUUCCUACCGUAUACGGCCAGCUAAGGAUUUUGGUGCAUCUUUUAAUGAGAGCUUUAAUUUUGAGAAGGCACGCUUGGUUCCUACAAUACCUUUUCAUAGUUGCUCCGAUAUUCAAAACCAGGACGAAGUCUUUGGCAACAUAGCUUUCUCCGAGAGAGGAGAAUGUACCUUUGUUUAUAAAACAAUGAAGGCACAGUUGGCAGGAGCGCAAGCUGUUAUUAUAACAGAGACCAAUGACAAAUGGGAUGAUGUAUUGGACCAUCUUAUAGAAAUGGUGGAUGAUAAAAUGGAGAUAGAUAUUAAUAUACCUGCAGCAUUUCUUAUUGGACGCAGUGGCGCAACAAUACUCAGAACAUUAGCGAGACUGAACAGGUCAUAUGCGAUUGUUAAUUUACCAAUUAAUAUGACCCAUGUUUCAAUAAACCGGAUGAACCAACCUCCGUGGAUAACUUGGUAACAUAGGUAUAGGUUCAGAGAUGGCUGUAAUAUACCUUAUUCAUCAAAUACAUGACAAUAAAGUACUAAACGCAUAGAAGUUGUAAGUCGUGCCGGGAGCAGAUGUAUGCGGGAAUUUAGUUUAGUUAAGUUAAUAUUUUGAAAAUUUGAUCCCCUACUUAGAAUUUAUUUCACCCGCUUAUCGAAGCCAGCUUUUGUGUGUUUAAUAGUUUAACAAAUUUCAAAUCUUUAGAUUAGUUUUGUAAAUGCAUUAAAGUAAAUUGCUGGUUUUAAUUACUUUAUUAAAUAUUUCUUUGCUUCAAUGUGCGUAAUGUAUAAUAAAGAAGGGAUUUCAGAGGAGUAUAAAAUCUCUUUCCACUUUUUGCCAAUUGUUCUAUAACUCAUAUAUUAUGCACAAUUUCAUGAGUUAAAGUUAUUUCACAAAUCAUCCUAUUUAUAGCGUCUCAAAAACUAUCCUGUGUAUUAACAAUGGGCUUUUAAAAGGAAUCAUUAAUGAUAUUUUUUUUGUGUUAUUAGUUUUCUAUGAUAUUGUUUUUACUCUGGGAUACUUACCUUUUUUUUAUUAGUUGCUGUGUACAAAAAAUAACUACUAUUAUGUACUACAUCUGAAAUAAUUUUUGCAGCCAUCUCCUAGACCAAUGUUAUGUUAUGUUCCUUGUUAUGUGAUGACAUUUUUAAUUUAGUAAGUAGUUAGUUACGCAGGGAUCUGUCACUUUGUGAUAUUUGAAAAGGACUGUCAGUUGAAGUGUCACAAAACACUGUCUGUGUAACUAUUCUAUCGUUGCGGCACUUAUAUUAAUGAGAGGUAAAAUAUAAUUACGAAGUGAAGGUUGGUUCAAAGUAAUAUUAGAAGUAAAAAUAGGUUAACUGUGAUAGCCUGGACAGAAAUCAUUUAAUUACUUAACCAUUUGAUUUAUUCCUUACAGUUAAAUUAAAUGGUUAACCUUACAGUUAAGUAAAAUUAAAGCAGGCGCCAUGGUAAGAGUAAAGCGAGUCAAACUCAAUGUAUAGUCCGAUUCAAAAUUUAUGUCGUCGCGGAAGUUAACUUCGAUUGUAUCUUCGUGCAGUCAACUACCGUCCCGUUAUUGGCUGAUACCGUAUAUUGACUUCUGCGCAUCGAAACGCACGAAGUUCGAGAAGUCAUAUAGUUUGAUUCGGACUAUACUUGAGUAAAGCGAAGGCCAAACCCAAACUACCUUCAUUUUUGCGUCCGAUCUUGCUCAAACAUGCCAUUGCGGGCGCAGGUAGACGCUAUGGGUUGUAUUGGAUAGAAGUUUUCUAUACUCCGCAAAAAGCAGGAGAGUCUGUAUGGUGUAAUUUAUAAUUUCUUCAAUCAUUAUAUUCCACACCGAAUGUUCAAUGUAACCUAAACGCACGUUUCGCUCCGAAACUUGAGCAUCCUCAGGAGAUGUUGACUUUACAAUGAAUAAUUGUUAAGUCACUUAAUUUUCAUAAUAUGCUAUGGGUUGUCCUUCACUCAAGUCCAAUGAAGUUAGAAAAUAAUAGUAUGUUAUACCUAUUUGUGUGUAACGGAUGCUUGUGUUCAUUAAAAAAAGACUUACAUUGGAAGUUUUAAUUGUUGUCACUUUUUUGAUACCAUCACUUUGUAUUGUUUGUAUAAUAAAUAUGCAAGCGUGCAUUUACUUUGCUAUAACAAUUAUACGCGCAGUGGCGUACAUACAAGGUAUGCACUAAGCGGUUUGAUAAGAUAAAACGUAAAAAAACUCCAGUAAGAGUUAUAGAAAACAUAAUGAUAGGCUUUGUAAGAGUUAUAAAAAACCUACCCUUAAGUUUUUAUAACUCGUAAUUUUUUUUUAAGUCAUCCCACGUUAUAACACGUUUAAGGGGGUAAUAAGGGGAUGACUUUUGCACCUAUUGUGCAAUUGAUGUUUUUUUUUGAGUAUUAACUAUUUGGUUUAAUUACAAUAAUGAAUAAAACUAUUUUUGUAUUUAGGCAGGUAAGAAAAAUCUGCUAUAGUAAGAAUCAAAAAUCGAUGUUUUUAAUGAUUGAAUUUUGACGGCCGAUUGGCGCAUUGAGCAGCGAGCUUUCUGAGUCCAAGGCUGUGGGU